GAGCCCCGACUGCCUUCGGCUGCGGCUGCGGCAGGGCGCCCGGCGCCCCCUCCCUCCCAGUCCCCUCCCCUGGUGGCUCUCGCUCGCCGUUUUCCCUCCCCCGGCAGCGUCGGCAGCCUCCGGGUGCGUAGGGCAGCUCAGCACGCGAACCUCUCCAGCAGGCGCCCCGGCGCGAGCCGAGAGCAGAGCCCCGGGCGCGCAAGGCGCCGCCUCCCAGCCGCAGAGCGAAGAUGAGCGGAGGCGAGGGGGUCGCGGAGAGCAGUGAUGAUCACAGUGCCUCUUCAGAAGAAAAAGAUUGCCCCAGCCCCAACCUAGAUACUUCAAAGGAUUCUAAAUCAGACGAGGACAGCAGUUCUGAGAGCAAUUCUGAGAGCGAAUCUGAUAAUGAGGAGCCAAAACCAGAAACAACAAAUGGGGAGCUGGGAGAGUCUUCUACUGAGGAGGCGUCUGCUCAGGUUGAAGAAUGGGAGGAUAAAGAAUUGCCCACAGAUUGUUUGAGUUCAGAAUUUAAUAAAAUCCAAUCUCACUGUGAACACUGUAAUGCUGAAGACAAACGCAAUGAACCAGUGACCCCCAGGCUCCUUUCCCAGGGACAGUUUUUACUGAAGGUGGACACAGAGGGAAUUUACGAGUGCACAGAAACUGGUCUGAUAUUCGAGGUUAACCGAAAAGUUGACAUCAAGUACUCCAUCUUGUCCUGGAGCAAAUAUGCAGACCUGGUUGUUAAGCCCUGGGCUGUCGGUGGACCCUUGUUUGAUGUUAAGUGUGACCCGGCCUGUCUUACCUCCAUUCAGUUUCCACAUUCCCUCUGCUUGGGUCACCACGACGCCAGCAUGACAUUCAAAGUCUUACAUGUUAAAACUACUGGGGCCUCAUUAGAAUAUACUGUGGACCAUUCUGCAACCCAUGUCAAAUGGCACGUGACCUCUCUUUCUCCCGUGGGACCUGUUGUUCAAAGCGAAGAAACGGUAUUCCACCAUGGGGCCGUGAUUCUGUACAAGGCCAUCGACCGUAACCCGUCCUUGUCUUUUCGAGUGUACAUAGCAACCAAUAAUGAGUCCUUCAUCAAGGACAUUUCCAAGUCUGUAAAGCACUCCUCUAAGAAAUUCAUGAAAAUCGACAAGCCUCCUGUUUGCCAGAAAUUAUUGCAGAAUGGGAAGAAGUACAGACUGAUCAGUAAGCCGGAAGUUGAAAUCACCCCGGAGGAAGUUGAAUUUGUCGAUGGAUCACUUUUAAAAUUGAAAAGUUAUAUUGAAGUGUAUUUGGAGCAACCCAUGGAAUUUAAAUUACUUUUGGUUGAAAAGGAUUCUGAGGAGAUUGUAUGGAAAGCAAAGCUGAGAGAGUGCGACUGGGUUCAGCAUGAUCAGAAUCAAAACGUUUCAAAAAGCAACACAAGUGGUAACAGGCGACGAAAAAUGAGUAGCAGCUUACCUGAUGAGGUGGUCUAUGAUAAAAGAAUGAAGCAGUUUGACACUUCAGAUGGAGCGAAGACUAAAACCUUGUUAACAGACACUCAGUUGUUUGACCUUGCUGAGAAGUUGGGGAAGGAGUGGAUGAAAAUUGCCAUUGCCAACCUGAAGUUGAAGAUGAGUGAUAUUGAUGCUAUCCUGGAGAAGAAAGAAGAUGUUACCAUGAAUAAGUUUAGGAUGCUGAAGAAGUGGCAAGAAAAGGAGAAGAGUAAUGCGACAGCUCAGAAUUUAUGUAACUGCUUGAAAAACGUCGAUUCGGUUGAAGUCCAAGAUGUGCUGAAAGGUUUCUUACAGGAAAGUUUGGAAGUUGAACUGGAAGAGGAAGCCUCAGGAACUGUCUUCUGUGAAGACCCUCUCUUUGGUAAUUGAGUGUAGCCUCCAGGACGGGGGUGCCGCACAGCCUGUGGAAUUGGCUCCUUUCACAGGCCCACCCGCAGCUCGCAUUAUUCAGGGGCAAGGGGACUGUGAAAUAUUCGGAAACCUUAAGGAAGAAAAAAGCCUCUGUACCAUCAAGAUUUUUUUUUUCCACCCCCUGCUCACAUCAUCCCACCCGGCUUCCCCACCCAAACAAAUAUUCUUCCAAAGGUGCUUAAAAUGACUCAACUCAGUCAGGUGAGAAAUGUGCUAAUUUUCCUUUUGGAGUCUGUGAACUAUGAAAUUCAUAUCAAGGGUUUGAAACAUUUUUAGCAAUUACGUGGUCGCAUACUUAAAUUGCACCAAUUUCGUUUAAGCUUUUUUCAUCAUAACAUUAAUAAUGAAGGAGAGGUUCCUGUUCCUUUAGCUCCCUCGACGCAGACCGACCUGCCGCUGGGUGCAGUAUGUCUUUUUAUGUGGGUGUGAUUUCCAUAGCUCACAUUACUAACCAGUCUGUCUAGUGGUCUGUUAAACCAUUAAGCCAAUCAUGUCACCUGCUUCUAGGGUGAUUAGGAAGCAAUGUCAACCUCUCUCCAGCAGUGUUGGUGCAGAUGCUCAGAGUGAUCCUCUCACCUCACUGGAGAUGUUCAGCUGGAUCCAUUGUCAGAGUCCAUGUAGGUUUCAUCUGCCUUCCAAGGUCACCAGGCCAAACACUGAAUUUCUUUUUCUUUUUCUUUUUUUGGCUUCGCCUGAGGCCUGCAGAAGUUCCCGGGCCAAGGAUUGAACCUGCACCACAGCUGUAACCAGAGCUGCAGCAGUAACAACGCUGGAUCCUUAACCCCCUGAGCCACAAGGAAACACUAAACACUGCAUUUCUUGAUUUUGACCCCUGGAUCAUUAACUUUUGUGGGGAUGGGGGUGGGGGAAUGGGGUCAGAAAUAGCCUUAGACAGACCAAGGGAAAACUCAUCUCUUCUUGAAGAGGACUUGCCCCAGGGAAUAAUGGGCCACAUUGGCUCUUGUUAAUGGGUGAUUUUUUUUUUUUUUUCCAUCUGUAUAAAUACUGUCAUUCUCCCAGAAUCAUGCAUGUAAUGAUUAACAUUUUGGGUAUGCUUUGUUAACUUAUUUGAAGAAACUAUAAAUUACCAUUCUUCUCCUGUAGAUAUUAGCUGGAGAGUAAAUUCAAUCUCAAUGAAUUCAUCAGAGAAAUACACUUUACCUGUAGCUUUGCCUGUGAAGAACGAAUUCACUUCAUAGGGAAGAACGUAUUUCUAAUUGUCAGGGAUCCUGUGGAAUUCAAAUCAGUGUCACUUUAUGAGUUUUUUUUUUUUUAAUUGUUCUGUAUUUUAGGAAGCACAUGAAGUUUUAGCAUUCAGAAAUGUAAAAUACUCAAAGGGAUUUGAAUUUUUUUAAAUGUUUAUUAUUUUUUGUAAGUUGUUUUCCAAAGAGAAGCAUAAUUUCAGAGAUGCUUUGUAGAUAAGCUGGUUUCCUAACAAUUUUCAACCUUUUUCCUACCAUUGAUAAAGGGAAGAAUAAUAAAUCUGCAUCUGUACAGUUCUAA